AUGCUCCUCCGUCGGAACAUUAACGUGCUUGAAUUAGACGAUACGCGCACCAACCCCUGGAGCUGCCGGCAGUUUAAGCCAGAAGUGUUAUCCAUUAAAGCGAAAAGUAUCGCUUCGUUUACGGAGAGGCCCAUGGACAUUUUACAGUGCCUUGAUGCCAUCAGGGCGGACAUCAUUGACUCAGCAGCUACUCCUAUUGUCCUCCGCUUUUGGGGUCGGCAUUACUCGGCAGCCGUUCCUAGCCCGGCAACGAGGGAAGAGUUCGAAACCCAUCACGAUGCCCUCAUGGUGGCCCAACCGUCUCGGCAUGAUGCAGAUGAACCAAUGUCUUCCACUUCUCAGACUGAGGACCUCGCCCCUGUAUGUGGUGGACCACAACAGCUAGCGAUGGUAGAGUCUUAUGCGUCCAACGCAUUGGUUACCACUGAUAGGAACUAUGUCGACACCGCUCUCGCGCCGACUGAAAUCGUGACGCAGCCUCUCAGAAUUUGCGACCAGGAGAGGCACUUGCGUAAGCGUACACAUGUACCCGGUUCGGACGACCGCAUUCAGGACGGUGUGGCCUUGAAAUACAUCCAUACCGGGGUUCUGCAGAAGAAAGGAAAACCGGAGGAGUACGCUCUGGUUCAAUAUCUGGCAGUGCCGAACGACCCUAUGGGCGGCCCCAAUCAGCAUUGGCACGUUGAAUGGAUCCGUGGAAGCGUCCGCUGA